AGUCGACGCAAAUCGACAGAACCUUUAUUUACCGUUGCCAAGUAACAGGACUCUUGUUAACAGGCCUAAACGUUAUUCAUUCCAGGAAGGGAUUUAGUGACCACUGUUUGUACUUAAUUAAAACAAAUAAUUCAUAGAUAAUAAGUUAGUCAAUAUGUCAAAACCUAAAGAAAAAGAACCCGUGGACAUUGUGCACCAAAACGCGAUUCACGUCGAGACUAUAAUGAAGGAGUUGAGACACCAGAAGCUUCACACAGAGUUUAACAUCAACCCUUUCAAAAAGCUGCACAUUUUGACCGAUAAGCCAAUGUCUGAAGUGUCCUGUGGAAAAGAAGAGGAGGAUCCUGCUUUUCUCCAGAUCAUACAUGGGGCUCGUUUGGAACCAACAAAGAAGUACACACACCCUCAGACUGAAGCGCAAGAGAUAGGCUGGAUAUCCAGUCCUCUGCUUGUUUCAGAUCGCAAUGACAGGAGACUAAACUUCCCACGGCAGAACUCUGAAAUCACUAAAUACAUGGAUGCUGCCUGGCGCCUGAAGGAGCAAACACAAAACCUUGGGUGACAGUUUGGCUGUAUCUCCUUUGGCUAUAACAAUACUACCAUUAAACAAGCCUGGGUAGAAUCUGUGAGCACAAUGAGCAUGCGUUAAUGUUAUAAAUAAACUCUACACAAAGUUCUAGAUCAAA